UUGUCUUUUCCCCCUUUCCGAUUUCUCCCGAUUUCUCCUUCUCCGAUCGUCAACCUCCGUCUAGCUUUCUUCGGCAAUUUAUUCAUCUGUUUUCUACUUGAGGGUGGUGUGGGCAGUUCCAUAAACUGUAGAUGUGAAGGAUGUAAGAACAAAUUUGGCCGCAAAGAUGGGUCUUCGAUUGUUGACAUGGAAGCUGAACAAGAGGAGGAAAAUGAAACAUCUGAGAGAAGCAGAACAGCCGAAAGCCAACAGAACACUGAGGUUUUAAUGAGAAAGGAGGCGAGUUCUGCUCUACCUACGACACCAACACCAAAUUACAGACAAGAAUUGGUUCAAUUACUACCUUUCUCAUCAUCUAAGAACAGAAUGCUUCCUCCACAGUCUCUUCUUGGAGGUGGAUCUUUUUCAGGGAUAUUUAACAGUCAAUAUAUAAGAAAACCAGAUAUUGAUUUGACUCAAUCCCGGAUAGAGAACUCAUUCGAGACAGUCGCAGAGGAUAGAGCGGAAGAAAUGCCUGAGAUUCUCAUCCACUCCCCUAUACCUAACAUCAAGAGUGUUUCUCCCAACGGCAAGAGGGUCUCUCCUCCUCAUAUGGAAUCAUCUACCUCAAGUUCAAUUCCAAGGAGAAGAAGUGGCCGGCGGAAACUGAUAUUGCAGUCAAUUCCAUCGUUUCCUUCUCUCACUCCCCAACACUGAAAAGCAUUUUGGUUGGUGUACCCCUGAAUAUUCUUUGAAUCUCUUUCAAGGUGAAAGAUGAUAGUAACCGCAUGGCAAGCAACAUUAUGCAGUCCCUCGCCAAGACAUUGUGCAAACGAAACCAAGAGACACAUUUUCGCAACAUGAUUACCAAAAUCCACAUAUGAGGGAGGUUAACAAGAAGAUCUAGGAGAGAAUAAAGGGAGAGAGAUCAAAGAAGGGACCAAGAAAGCUAACUAUUUUGUAAACAAAAAAAAUUCAGUUUUAACAAUUUUCUCAUUAAACCGUUAAAUCUUAUUCAACAAUCAAUUUUCCAAUAACU